CUCACCCUAUCCCUCCUUAUCGUACCCUGACGAACCCGUGGUUCCCCAUCCUCCUCACCUCGGGCAUUCAUCUCCCCAAUGUCUCCCAAACCUCUCCCCACUCACUGUCAUGCUCUCUAUCCUCCCCACCACCGAGAAUCUCCCUCUUCCCCAGUUCCCUCCCCAACCCCUUCCCACUCACCGUGUUGUCCUCCCCGGCACAUAUAACAGUGCCUCCCCUGCCGUCAGCUCAUUCUCCCAGGAUACAUCGCCGAGUGAGCAAGUGCCAUUCUCAAGUGAAUUUUUAUUAAGAAAAAGUGUUCCGCGGAAGUGUUUUAUGGAGUAGCGUUCGUCCGUAUUAAAUAAGUAAAGUGUCCUCGAUCAUUCAGUGGUGUUGUUUGCCCUAGAGGUGUAUAGAGCGAGUUAUCACAGAGGAAAGCAGAUAAAAGAUUCCAGAUAGCGAGUGGUUACGUGAUGUUUUAUGCUUACACCCUCGAUAAGGAUAUCAGAGAGCGGCAGGUGGGUGGAAGCUGCAAAGGUGAAGUUACACAGGUGUUGUUCAGCUCGACGUCUGGUUCUACCCAGGUACAAUAACAGCAGCAGCAGUGGCGAAAACCUCGAGGACGAGCGGAUGUUCUCCUAAAAGAGGUUUAGUGACUCAGAGAGUGUAUAGUUACACCUACUGAAUAUUGUUGACAGGAAGGAUCUAACCUACGGAAGCAGAGAGGUUAUUCCACUACUGUAAUCACAAGAAAACAAUUGUGAAGCCACAGCUUAUUUUAUUUAAAAGCCGGAAAUACAGUUUGGAAGAAUUAAUAUAUAUGCAUAAAGUGCCUAGAGAUUGGUCAGAAUUGUCCCCACAAGUGAAGUUAUCAAUAGUCAUCCGUGUGCCAUAACAGUUGAAACCUGACUCAAGAACAGCUGGAAAAAAUUAAUUACACAUAUUAAAUAUCACCAAGGAUAUCUGGGUCGGAAGAACGCGCUUAAAAAAAUAUCGUUUAUUGCUUUAAAUUGUCUUCAAGAAAUAUUCUAGUGGUAUUUAGAGGCAUUUAUCUUAGUCCAGAUCUAUAUAUAUAUUCUAGUAAUUUGUAUUAAGUGGCGAGGAGACUUUUAAGAAUAACUAUCUUCUGAAGAUCUCCCCCGAGGAGUUGAACCUCACAUCGAUCAGCAGUGAGAGUGAGCAUGGCAGCAGUGCAGCAGUACCCAGGAAUGUGUUGCCCCUGCCCCAGCAGUGAUGUCGACGUAUGGAUCUCACAGCUGAAGAAGAAACAGGCCCUGGAAUACCAACAGCUAGAAAACUUGUGUUCCAAGGUGAAGGAGGUGCUGACGGAGGAGAGCAACGUGGUGGAGGUCUCCUCCCCAGUAACAGUCUGUGGCGACCUCCAUGGCCAGUUCUACGACCUGAUGGAACUCUUUACCAUCGUGGGAGAACCUCCAGAGACCAACUACCUCUUCAUGGGCGACUACGUGGACAGGGGUUACUACUCUGUACAGGUGGUGUCCCUGCUGCUGGCUAUGAAGCUGCGCUACCCCCAGCGAGUGACUCUUCUUCGAGGUAACCACGAGUGUCGCCUCACCACGCAGGUCUACGGUUUCUACGACGAGUGCUACGCCACCUAUCAGAGCUGCGAUGCCUGGAAAUGCUUCAUGUCAGUCUUUGACUGCUUGCCUCUCACCGCCCUCAUAGACGACGUGAUCCUGUGCAUGCACGGCGGCCUCUCGCCUUCCCUCGAGUCCAUUGACCAGAUCCGUGUCUUGGACAGAUUCCAGGAGCUGCCACAUGAGGGUCCCAUGAGCGAUCUGCUGUGGUCUGAUCCUGACGACUCCGGCUGGAGGGUAGGCUGGAGGGACAACGCUAGAGGAGCAGGCUUUAUGUGGGGCUCAGACGUCUCCCAUGACUUUACGUAUAGUAAUAAUUUAGCAUUCGUGUCCCGGGCUCACCAAGUGCAAGACGCAGGAUACAACUGGUACCAUGAUGGUAAGGUCAUUACCAUCUUCUCUGCGCCUAACUACUGCUACAGAGUGGGCAACCUGGCAGGCUACAUGACCGUAGAGGAUGGUACUCAUACCUGCUACACCUUCGAAGCUGCGCCAAGAGACGCUUCAGACACACACUCAAAGAAUCUAACUCCUUAUUUUUGCUAGUACCUGUUUAACUCCUCGACAGUGUCCAUAUCAAGAGAGUAUAGAAGUAUUAAUUCAUAGUUUUUAUGCACAAAUGAGAGGGAUCGCGGGUCGAUUCUGCAAUUUGUGUCGUCGACCGUAACUUAUCAGAAAUUUCUCGUCCCCCCGCCCGUAAAACGGGUAACUGAAAUUUGUAAUAAUUGCGCAUAAAUAAUUUAGAUCGGAAGCGGUGAUUAUGAGCUUUUGAAGGUAGUGUAUGAGAGAGAGAGAGAGAGAGAGAGAGAGAGAGAGAGAGAGAGAGAGAGAGAGAGAGAGAGAGAGAGAGAGAGAGAGAGAGAGAGAGAGAGAGAGAGAGAGAAUAUUAUACUCACCCAGAUGUGAAGGAGGUCGCCUCUUA